AUGCUGCGCCGAAAUCCACUUCACGUAAGUCGUUUAUAUGUCAACCAAUGUCUCUAUCCACUGCGGCCACGUCUCCCUUCCCUGCUCUCUCCCUCGCUGCCAUCUCUGCCUUCCAUGCUCGCUGCCACGUCUCCCUUCCCUGCUCUCACCCAUCGCUGCCAUCUCUCCCUUCCCUACUCUCUUCCCUGCAUCAAUGUCUGGUUUCCCUACUCUCUCCCCUACGGCCAAGUAUCCCUUCCCGGCUCAACACACUGCUGCCAUGUCUGCACUACAUACUCUCUCCCCCGCUGCCAUGCCUCCCUUCACUGCUCUCUCCCAUCGCCGCCAUCUCUCCCUUCCCAUGCCUCUCCCCUGCUGCCAUCUCUCCCUUCCCUACUCUCUCCCCUACUGCCAUAUCUCCCUUCCCUACUCUCUCCCCUGCUGCCAUCUCUCCCUUCCCUACUCUCUCCCCUGCUGCCAUCUCUCCCUUCCCUACUCUCUCCCCUGCUGCCAUCUCUCCCUUCCCUACUCUCUCCCCUGCUGCCAUCUCUCCCUUCCCUACUCUCUCCCCUGCUGCCAUCUCUCCCUUCCCUACUCUCUCCCCCGCUGCCAUCUCUCUCUUCCGUGCUCAACACCUCGCUGCUGGCAGCUGUCUUCCCUUCUCCCUCCCCUGAUGCAAUGUCUGGUUUCCCUACUCUCUCCCCUACGGCCAAGUAUCCCUUCCCGGCUCAACACACUGCUGCCAUGUCUGCACUACAUAUUCUCUCCCCCGCUGCCAUGUCUCCCUUCACUGAAAUCUCCCUCGCUUCCAUCUCUCCCUUCCCUACUCUCUCCCCUGCUGCCAUAUCUCCCUUCCCUACUCUCUCCCCUGCUGCCAUGUCUGCACUACAUACUCUCUCCCCCGCUGCCAUGUCUCCCUUCACUGAAAUCUCCCUCGCUUCCAUCUCUCCCUUCCCUACUCUCUCCCCUGCUGCCAUAUCUCCCUUCCCUACUCUCUCCCCUGCUGCCAUGUCUGCACUACAUACUCUCUCCCCCGCUGCCAUGUCUCCCUUCACUGAAAUCUCCCUCGCUUCCAUCUCUCCCCUCCCUACUCUCUCCCCUGCUGACAUGUCUCACUUCUAUGCACCCAUGUCUAGCUUCUACCAACAAAUCCUCACGCCCAUCCCCCUUUCUCCCUCCGCCCCAUAUUCCGUCUGCCCCCCUGUCGUGGAGGAAGGGGCGAACGGGUUCCCUUUCAAAGCGCCAGUGAUGCACGUGCUGCCACCAGCCAGUAGCAACCUGAAAUCCUCAUCCCCACUCACAUUCCUACCUCAACCCUAUCCCCCUCUGCCCCACAGGUGUCGCGCAGGGGGGAAACGGGUUCCUUUUCAGAGCGGUGGUGCCGCACGUGCUCCGACCAGCCCUUAG